AUGGAGAAUUCACUCUAUCACAAUCUGCCAUUCCUCUGUACUAAUGCCAAAUUCUUCAUCACCUAUAUUCUGUCCGAACCAAAGCGUUCAACCGUAAUUUUGGUUUGCGCAGGUUUAAGGUCAAAUUCGUUACCUCGAAGUGGUCGGACAUUGCCGCAGCAACCUGGUCUUAGGUCAGGUCUCAGCACGGUUACAUCGGGCCUGAUUGAUCAAGAGGACAGUGACGGCGCUCUGUCGGCGCCGGAAUUGCCUUCCAUUCGACGUGACAGAGGCAGGAUACCAUCCUCGCCAAGCGUAUUCACGUCUGACGAGUACCGCGCCUGGCUGAGCCGCACGCCAAGCACCAGCGCCCUGUACGAGCAGAUCAGGGCAACCACAAGUAGACCACCCCGUUAUACAUACAGCGCCGAGAACAUCCAUGCAGCCGUCAAUCAGAUGAUGUUGGCAAAAACAACUCUUUAUGUGAACGUAGUAGAUCAGAAUCUGCCGCAAAUGCGUGAUCGAUUCUAUUGGAACCAUGGUGGUAUAUUGUUGUUAUUGGGCUAUCUGGUAAACGCUGACAGCAACUACAAUAGACCUUGUAUGACUGUGAGGUUCUUUAUGAAAAAGUCUGGCGGACUGCUUGGCCAGUCGUUACUGAGUUUCUUGCCAUGUGGUUCCGAAUUACGAAAUCUUGAAAUUCAAUUGCUUCUUGAAUUGGAUAAACGGAAACUUAUGAAAACGGGCUCGAGUACUCCAGGCAGAGGAGCAAAGAACAAGGACUGCACACAAUAUGUCGAACGAACAAGAGGAAAUGACGAAAAAAAUAACAGUUACAGGCCGAAUAAUAAUACCGAAGAAAUUGUUAUGCCCGAGGUG